ACACAACCAACAAAAACAAAUUUUAAAAAGAUACUAUAUACUCGCACAAACAUAUGUACAGAUAGAGAAUAAGAUCAGAUCAAGAACAAUGUUGCGACCGGUGCUUUUUCUGUUUUACACGGUGGAAUCUGUACUCAACGUAUUGCUCAUGUACUUUCAUAUACGUGGCUUUUUAACGCAACCCUUGGAUUUUCUACCGAUCCUCAAGCAGAUCAAUCACUACUUCUAUUCAGUAUGCUUCUAUAUAUUCACGGUAUUAACGCUGUGUGCCAGUAUCAAUAUCUGCACGGGUCACAACUAUUCCAUAUGCGAGGAGGUUGUACGGACACUCUGCGGCUUCGUUAUACAUAUUAUCAUUUCACUGAUGACGCUGGAGAAUGCGGAGAGUGACUUUCAUAUGAUGUACAUAAUGCGUUUGCAAAAUGAAGGUGUGGAAAAACCAGUUCAUCCAUUCUUUGAAUAUAUGCGAUCCCAGGCGGUAUGCUCGCUAGCCUGUGGAGUUGCUUAUCUGCUCCAUGGCAUUCUUGUUAUCGACGUACUACUGUCCGGAUCGGAGCCAAACACUACACAGCCCAAUGAAGCGGAUGAUGACGAAGAUUAUGUACCUGUUCGUUUCUAUGUAUUGGGCGAAAUGUUCCAUUCACGUCUUGAAAAAUAUGAAUGGUUCAAUGAUUUUUCUCGUGGCACUCAAAUUCCAAUUUAAAUUCAAAUUCUCAAUAAUUUCUAUAAUUUUUGUAUAUUUUUACUAACAUAACAUAUACGCAAUAUUAAAGUUCUGACUGUAUGACGUCAGUGACGCAACAGUUUUAUGGAUCCCAAA